AUGGAGGAUAAUGGGACGAUGAACAUCUCCGCUUCCUCCGCUUCUUCUCCCGCCGACGAUGAACAUAUCGGAAAACCAAUCUACUAUACACGGCUUUCUUGUUACGUGAUAAUCUUCAUCGUUGGUGUUAUUGGUAAUACCUUGGUCUGCCUCGUGGUUUGCCGGCAAAGAAAAAUGAAGAACGUUACAAAUUAUUUUAUAUUCAAUUUGGCCGUGACUGAUCUAUCAGUGCUUCUGAUUUGUAUUCCAUUCGAUUUUGGAGAGAUUGUAACGGAGACAUUUCCCUACGGCGCGUUUAUGUGCAGACUUAUUUAUCCUCUUCAAACUCUCGCUACAACUGCGUCGGUUGGAACGCUAGUUGCAAUAAGUCUUAAUAGGUGAGUCCUUUUGCAGUUUCCUUGUCUUUCGAUAAUCAUACUUGUAUGGUGUUUAUAGGUUUAUUGGCAACUGGGCUGUUAAAUACAGUCCCCUGCAGCCGAGCUCAGUGGUACAGCUCCUGGACAAGAAACCACAAGGUCUUUGGUUCAAUCCACAUCCUAUUUCGGUGUACUCGGUAUUUUUUCUUCCGAGCCGCCUGUGUCACUGACUUAAAAAAACUGAUAUCUUUCUAAAGUCUAAUGAUUUUUUAAAAACUCCACAACCGUUACCGACGAGUGUUUUUUUUCUUCCUUCCUAUGGAUUUCUAAUUUUCUCGAUAGAAGUGCAAAUAUGUUUACCUUUAAUUAAAAUUACAUAUAAAGAAGAAGCAAGCCAUUCGUGCAACUAUGUUAGAAAAUGGGUAGUUUUUAUUUUAUUUUUUUAUAAAAAAAUAUUUAAGAAGAUUUGUACAAAACAAAUGAAGCUCCUCUUGAAUGUAAGGCCAAAAGGCAAAGAUCUUAAUCUCGUUUACAGUCUUUACAUGUAUUUUAACAAUGAUUUUGUUCCUCUGCUAAAAGCUUUCUUGCGUCAUGAUCAGUGCCCACUUUCGUCACCGAGGUGGAGUUCAGCCUUUGUGCUCAACAACAGAUCCCACUGAAAUUAAAUAGAUAUAUUUUUUUCUUUGCUAUAGUUUUGUUUCUUAGCUUUUCAACUUUAUAUCUGGCUAAAAAAAACCAUCUACAACCAAAUAAGAUUUGGCUAAAAAAAAAACCGAGUUAUCAUAAGAACGACGUGCUUGGUUUUGGGGUCAGAUAUUGUAUUCAUAGAGACUUUACAAUUGUAUCCAGGUUUUUUUGCUUUUUAUAAACUAGACACGGCAAUUAAUCAAAGACAAAUUUCUAAGUGAAAAGCGUUAUUCACCUCAACCUUGUUAGCUGUCUUUCACAAUAGCAAUUAAGACCAAGGCACGAAAAUGGGUCAUUUGAAAAGGGGUCAUUAAGGGCUUUUGUGACAAAAGAAAAUAUUAUUUUUUUCAUUAAAACUGGUGCAAUACAAUAACUCGUAAGCGAGGUUAAGGAGAACUAUUAGUCAAAAUGAUUUGGGAAUUAUUAUUAUGAUUAUUAUUAUCAUUGUUGACUUUUUUUUCCUUCCUUCAAGAAAGGAAGGGAUUUUGUCUCUGACUUUUGCAUAUAACAAGGAGCUCAGAGAGUUUCUUAAGCUUUAUUGCUGUCUUUAUCUGAUUACAUAACUGUUGCUGAAGUUUUGUGCUUAAAAAGCGUUUCAAAUCAUUACAAACCAUAUAAUUACCGUGUUUUUUUCCUCCGAGCGGAUUUCCGAACCUGAUAAGCACUUUUCUUAUAGAUGAUAUAGUUUCGAGAUAGUUUGCUGACUUGAGGCGAAAUCUUGGAUGGGUAUCGAAAGAGUCAAAUGCAGGUGGUUUUUGCGUAUCAGCACCCCAGUUUCAAAGCAAUCGUAAACAAAAUGAUCCGGCGUACACUAGUUCUCUGGUUUUGACGCUACACUGGAAAAUGAUCUUGGAGAGUUUUAGAAACGUCGUCAUGUUUUCCAACGUUUUCAAAAAUUUCUUAAAAUGUUUUCAAGCGAAAUUAUACCGCGUUUUUUUUAAUAGCCAAAGAGUUUUAUUUUAGUGGUAGAAUUCUGGAGAAGUAAAUUCUAUCCUCAAAAUUAACGAGAUGAUUUUUUCAGCAUGGACCAAAGAUCCAAUUUGGCCUUUUGCAUGAGCGAUCGGAUACCUCUAUAGAUAUAGAUUUCAUAUAGCUUUUUUUCUGGCUAUGAUCGAUACUAUCGUAGCUUUAUCAUCUCGAUAAGCACUUUGCCAAAGACAAAAAAUAUGACUUUUUGUUAACCUGCUUGAUAACAACUUCCAUCUUCUUAGUAAGCAUUAGUAAGGCGGUAUUAAGGUUGUGAUUUCGGAAUCUCUUGUAGAAAAUACAAUCGGUUCUAAUUUGUGGGAAGGUUUUUGAAAACUCGAGGGUUAAAUUGCAGUGUUUGAUUGCGGAAGGUUCAAAUUAUUGGGAGGGUAAGGAAGCCGGGGGUUAAAGCUCUUCUGUAAUGGAUUUCCUUUGCUAUGCUCAGUUGUGAUUGGCUAAACAAUCGAGCGUCACUUUCUCGACCAAUCAGAGAUACCGAAAAUCUGCCAAUGAAACUGGGAUGUGGUUGCACGCGUUUUCCUGCGCUCUUCGAGUGGAUUUCCGUUGCUAUGCUCAGUUGUGAUUGGCUAAACAAUCGAGCAUCACUUUCUCGACCACAUAGUCAGUAAUUUUCAAGGAGUUAUAAUAACUCCUCUAGUGGGUUAAUUUAACUCCUUACAGUGGAGUUAUUUUUGGGAGAGUUAUUUUAACUCCAAAAAGGAGUUUAAAGAACUCUUUUUCGGGAGUAAAAGUGCCCCCAGAUAUUGAGGAGUUAAAAUAACCCCAAAAAAGGAGUUAUCUUGUACCUAAAAUUUUUACUCCACUUUCAGAGUUAAAUUAACUCCAAGAAGAGUAAAAACAACCCGUGUAAGGAGUAAAAAUAACCCCAUUUCGGAGUUAUUUUAACUCCAAACUGGGAGUAAAAAGAACUCUUUUUCAGGAUUAAAAAUGAGCCCAAAUUCGGAGUUAAAUUAGGAGUUAAAGUAACCGACAAAAAGGGGUUAUCCUGUCCCUACAAUUUUUACUCCAUUUUUGGAGUUAUAAUUACUCCCUAAAAAUUACGGUGCAAUCAGAAGUAAUCAGAAAUCUGACAAUGAAACUGAGAUGUAGUUGCACGAGUUUUCCAGCGCUCUGCCGCAGCUGGCUUUAUUUGAUUUGAGCCGUAAUUGGUUCAAUGGAUUCUUAGCCGCUGUUGUGAUUGACCAGAUAUAUAUAUAUGCUUUUAGUAUUUCAACGUACAACAGGCGGACCACUCUGCUAUAACAGCUAGAUAAACUGCUCCAUAGCCACAGUAAAUUUCGGUCACAAACUUUUCUGACAUUUUACACUAAUCUUCCAGACUCAGGUACUAAGAUAAACAGAUGUGUAAAUACACUUAAAAAUUAUUUAACAGCUCAUUUACGGCUGAUGUUCAGUACAGUUUCAAAGCAAAACAUCACAGGCCACCCUCGGGUAAACAAAACAAAUUAAAUCAUUUUACUGAUGAAGGGAAUUUGUUUAAAAUUCUGGCCCCAGUUGUUCAAAAGCUGGAUAGCGCGGAUGAAUCUCUACCCAGUGGAUAGUGGAAUUAGUUUCCUUAAUACUUAUCCGCUGGAUAGAGAUUUAUCCGAUGGAUAGCGCUAUCCACCUUUUGAACAACUGGGUACAGGACUCUUUACUUAGUGACCAAAGUCGAGAAAAAAAUUUGAGGUCAAACCUGGUACUCGAACUCGGGAUCUCUCGUCCCGAUCAGACGUGGGGACAUCUCAUGCACAAAUGCUACGCACUACGCUCUUUUUUUAAUAGAACUUUCAGUCUGAAUCGGAACAUGCAAAGGACACACCCGAGGCUCAGAAAAGAGAUGGUUUUUUUUUCACUGCUUUUACUUUCCUAAAUCAAGAAAAACUCAAUCACAUAAUGUCCUACAUGGAAUCACGGUGCAUGUAAAAAUGUUGUUCUUUCAACACAUUCCUAUUGUGUAUGGUCAAUAAUACACUUGGAUUGUACUUGUACAAUUCAUUAAUGUGAAAACUAUAAUCAUUGCCUCAUCUUGGUUAUAAGUAGCUUAAAAGUUAUCAGAUUUCCGUUAUUGAAAUUCAAGAACAUCCCUAAGAACAUUUCCAGGCUGAAAUUUUCAGAAAAUAAGAACGGUCCAUGCAGGCUCAACUCGAAAACCGAACGUUCUUCUAAAACAAAAAUAGUGUAUCCAGCAAUGUCAGUUUGCACUCAACAAACCACAUGACACUAAGCUUGAAUCUCUCUCUCUUGAUGUGUUGCAGGUUUAUGGCAGUAGUGUACCCCUUACGUCCUCAACUAACAACACGCGAUGCCAAAAAGGUGAUCGGUGUGAUCUGGCUGUUUGCACUAGCUCUCGUGUCACCAUACAUCGCUGUAUUGGAGUUAAAUAAGAAAAACGAGUGUAUUGAAACAUUUGAAGAUAAAGGACUUAAAGCUGGAGCCUAUACAAUUUCUAUUUUUCUUCUUCAGUACGUGGUGCCGUUAUCAGUUAUUGGAUUGUCGUACAUAAGGUGAGUAAACUGGUGUUUAUUUUUUGUUUACUGAGUAGUUUUAAAGGAAGAAUGGCUAGUUUAAGUAGAGCCUUGUGAAACUUGAAUAAUAAUAGACCUUUCCAUCAUUCCUGUAAACAAAGGCACUAAGUCGAGGCUUGGGUGGACAAAAUAUAGUGAUUUCUAUGGAACUGUAUGUUUAACGGUAGAUAUAGGCAUAUUUUUAUCCCCUAAAAAUUUUUCAUCUGUUCGGAUUUCCUAGCUGAAAGUCUAGUGAUCCGAAAAUUAUAGGGAUCAAAACCUACCUUCUCGAAAAUUCCAGCCAGAAAAAAGGCUCCCGAAAAUUCUAGGUGACCUUUUUAGGGUAAAAAUCCGUUAAAAAUAGGCAAUUAGACCAUUGUUUACAUGUUCGAAAAUCCUAGGAGAGGCAGGCAAGCAAGAAAUUUUGCAACAACUGUUCCGAAAAUUCUAGAUCUCAAAUCGUCUUCCGAACAGGUAUUUUCCGAAAAUUGUCGUUGGGUGCCCCUGUUCUUUCAACACAUUCCUAUUGUGUAUGGUCAAUAAUACACUUAGAUUGUACUUGUACAAUUCAUUAAUGUGAAAACUAUAAUCAUUGUCUUAUCUUGGCUAUAUGUAGCUUAAAAGUUAUCAGAUUUCUGUUAUUGAAAUUUAAGAACAUCCGUAAGAACAUUUCCAGGCUGAAAUUUUCAGAAAAUAAGAGCGGUCCAUGCAGGCUCAACUAGAAAACCGAACGUUCUUCUAAAACAAAAAUAGUGUACAUGUAUCCAGCAAUGUCAGUUUGUACUCAACAAACCACAUGACACUAAGCUUGAAUCUCUCUCUCUUGAUGUUUUGUAGGUUUAUGGCAGUAGUGUACCCCUUACGUCCUCAACUAACAACACGCGAUGCCAAAAAGGUGAUCGGUGUGAUCUGGCUGUUUGCACUAGCUCUCGUGUCACCAUACAUCGCUGUAUUAGAGUUAAAUAAGAAAAACGUGUGUAUUGAAACAUUUGAAGAUAAAGGACUUAAAGCUGGAGCCUAUACAAUUUCUAUUUUUCUUCUUCAGUAUGUGGUACCUUUAUCAGUUAUUGGAUUGUCGUACAUAAGGUGAGUAAACUGGUGUUUAUUUUUUGUUUACUGAGUAGUUUUAAAGGGAGAAUGGCUAGUUUAAGUAGAGCCUUGUGAAACUUGAAUAAUAAUAGACCUUUCCAUCAUUCCUGUAAACAAAGGCACUAAGUCGAGGCUUGGGUGGACAAAAUAUAGUGAUUUCUAUGGAACUGUAUGUUUGCUCAUUGGAGCGGAAUGCAGGAAAGGUCUAUAAACUUGGUUAACUGUUAAUAACAAAAACACAUUUAAGCCUUUGGGGGGCUGAUAAGGUUACUUCCUAUUUUGACAGGAAACACCUCCUGAACUAACGAAGACUCACUUCGAAUACAAUGAGACAUACAUCUCGUCGCUGAUAGAGAAGUCGCGCGUCGUGCACAGGAAAACCUAGCCUGGGACCAUGGUACUUGGUAGAGAAAAAAGGCGAAUAACGGGGAGCAAAAACGCAAGCCGAGGGACUGAGGAGGGAGAAGCCCUCUUUCUUCGCGCUCGCCCCCGCCCUCGCCCUUUUUCAGUUCCACACUAAGGAGCCAGGUCGCAGGCUAAGGAUCGAAAACCCCAUUUUUGUUGACCUAGGAGCCCAUAACCCGGAGCUAACAACUUACAUAUAUACCCGUGUCACGGCGUUUUCACUGCCAGUUUAUUUUUAGAACGAUUUUGGCGCCCAUUUGGAAUAUUUUUCAGGUCCCACAAAACCAAAACUCCUGAAAAUGGCAUUUUUGACCUUUUAAUGACGUUCAGUUUCAUUUGUUGCAUCUUAUUCCAUCCUAUGCCUGACAUCGGUCACAUUACUGUUGGUUCUGAGUGCAUUGCACCUCGUGACUCUGUUCGUAAUUUAGGGGUUCAGUUUGAUAGCAUAUUUAGUUUUGAGGAGCACAUUAAGAACAUUUGUAAAUCAUCAUUCUAUCAUUUGAGAAAUAUUGCUAAAAUCCGCAAGUACUUAAGCCAAGAUACAUGUGAAAUCUUAGUCCAUGCAUUUAUUAGUUCGAAACUUGAUCACUGUAAUUCCUUAUUACAUGGCCUUCCUAAGUAUCUGUUAGCUAGACUACAGGCAGUUCAGAAUGCUGCAGCUCGUGUUGUCACACUGACACCGAAGCAUGUUCAUAUAACUCCUAUUUUAAUUAAUCUUCAUUGGUUACCAGUUGAGUUUAGAAUAACUUUUAAAGUCCUUUUAUUGGUAUACAAGGCCCUUCAUGGCCUUGCACCUUCUUAUAUUUCUGACCUUUUGAAUUUUAAAACAUACUCUAGGUCAUUGCGUUCUUCAUGUAAAGAAUAUUUAGUGGUUCCAAGAAGCAGAUUGAAAACAUAUGGAGACAGAGCUUUCUCUAUUGCAGGACCUAAAUUGUGGAACGAUUUACCUCUAGAGAUUAGGAAAUGUGCUUCAGUGGCAACUUUUAAGCAAUCCCUUAAAACUUUUUUAUUUAAGUUAGCAUAUAGGUUAUGAGAUUCCUUUUGUUUUAAGAUGUUUUUGAUUUAUAUAGUAGAUAACUUAGGCUAUAUUUGAAUUAUAUUGUAUAUUGUAGAUAUUUUAUAAUUUAGAUUUUUUUUUUUAUUCUUUUUUGUAAUUAGGUAGCGCUUUGGACAAUUAUUGGAUUUUAGCGCUAUAUAAAUAAAAUUAUUAUUAUUAUUAUUAUUAUUAUUAUUAUUAUUAUUAUUAUUAUUAUUAUUAUUAUAUUUAUAAUGAGCACAUGAACGGAGCGGAGCUUCCAUUUUCGAGGGAAAAAGUGUCCUAAAAUGUAGCUAGAAAUAAACCGGUCCCUGAAAACGCCGUGUGAUAGUCUCGAAGAGCUUGUUGGCAGGGUUAUAAUACAUUAUCGUUUAAACUGCUGUUAAAACAUGUUUGUCUUUACAGAAUUGGCAGAGAUCUGCGAAGAGACAGGGGUUCUUAUUCAAACGAUACUCUCCAACGAGACCAGGAGAGAGAGGCUCAUAAAGUUAUGAAAAUCCUAACAGUUGUUGUCAUAGUGUUCGCGCUUCUUAUGCUUCCUAACCACAUCUUCUUUCUCUGGUUUGAUUUUGGCGAUGGAGGUAAUAUACCGUUACAUAAAGUAACUUACAGAAAGCCCCUUGCAAACAAACGCAACAUUGUUUGCCAACAACUCAGUUUUGGAUGUUACAUGUUGCGUUCGUUUGCACACCCUUUUUCAUGUCGUUACAUGUUGCUGCGUGUUGUAUGGAGAUGUUGCGGAAAGUUUGUAGACUACAAGUAGUCCCCCAUUUUUCAUCACGGAUAGUAGAGCGAGCGAAACGCGCGCGCUCGCGUUUCGCACGCUCUACUAUCCCUGAGGAAAAGUAGGGGACUACUUGUAGUCUAGAAAGUUUGAAACCGGUCAAACAUUUCGAGCCAACUAAUCCCAACAUUUCUUUUGUUCCGUGAUCGCCGAAGCGUAGCGCAACAAUGUUGGAUCCAUUUGCACAGCUCUUCCAACAUUGUUGGGGCCUCACACGCGCAUUACACAUGGUUUACAAAGAUUGUAUCCUUCCCAUAAUGCACCGCAGGUCUCAACAUUGUUGGAAGUUGUUGCAUCCGUUUGCACGCCCGACUGCCAACACAGACGCAACAACUCCCAACAAUGUUGGCCCGACAAUGUUGGGAGUUGCUGCGUCCAUUUGCACUUAGCUUAAGGGUGUACGAGUUUCGUGGAUUAAAAGCUACACAUGUUAUCAAGGAUACGUUAAAACCGUGCAAAGGAAAGGGGCCCAGAUUCUUUAUUGCUCACUGCAUAAGAAGUCAGAGAAAUUUGAUUCUUGAUAGGAAAAAGUUAGGAAAAAUUUAUGUUCAUACUGCAACUGCUGACCCCAUUCGAGGAAAAAAAUUCUCUAUAUUUGAUUCUCCAAAUCCAGUUGAAUAUCUAUCCAUAAAAAAAGUAUUGAAAUCGCAAAUUAAGCGUUGACAGAAGCCGACAUUUCAUCCCGGUGGUAAUAAAAAAAGUUGAAGAAAGGGUGAAAUGUAAAGCCAGUAAAAUUCUGUUAGAGCCGGUCAGGGAAUAGUCAUCGAAGUUUUUUCUUUUCAGUGAGUAGCAACACUGCCUCUAGAAAGCCAAGAUUAGGAUGCUUUCUCCUUUGUCUAACGGCUAGCCUCCCACGCAGACGUUCUUGGGGGGUUCGUCACGCGUUCCUACCCCAGGAACGCGUGACGAACCUCUAAGAGCGUCUGCGUGGGAGGCUAUCUAACGGGAGACUAGAUGGUAAUAAUAAACAAUGAUUGGAUGAGGUUUUUGUGAUAUCCGCAAUAAUCAAGGUCGAGGUAAGUGUUAUCAGCCGAACCGAAGGCCAAGGCUCAUUACACUUACCGAGAUCUUGAUUAUUUGGGAUAACAAAAACAUCGAAUCUAAUUAUUCAAAGUGGACAGACCGCAAAUUAUAGUAGUUGCUAAAAAAUACAUCUACGUGUCGUAACUGUUCAUCAGUCGGAUGCCAAAAAUGUCUGCAAUUCCACAAUUGGUUUCGGCUCCAUUGAAUCCUAUACCGAUUGCAGAACAUUUUAGGAAGAGCCACCCACAAUGUGAGCACAGUCACGGAAACACAUAUAAUUGAGGAAAAUACCGCAAAGUUUUUUUUCCUUCAAAUUUUUUCAGGGCCACAAUUGAUUAACUAACUACCCGGACUCUGAAUUUCAUGGUCAUUGAAAAACUGUGACAUUAUCUUCUUUAAGCCCAAACUUGAGUAAACAUUGAAGAUUUUUAGCGUUUUGGCUGAGUUUGUGCUUUGGGAGUUGUCUAUUGUUUCUAGUCUGUCAUUAUACAGCAUUCUUCUUCAGCACGCGUGCAAUGACCGCGCUUGGCUGACUUCCGAAUUCGGAAGGAAAAAAAACUACGAAUUUUUAAGAAAAUGCUUUUUUCGUGAGAAGGACUCUUAAACGCUGACAAACGUCAACAAAUAGCGAAAACUAUAAUUUCUAUAUGUUUGCUUUGCUCGAAAUCGCGCGCAUUUACAAGGCCCUAAGGCGUUUUGCUAACUUGCAAGGCCCUAUCUGUUAUAACGAUGCCCAAAAUAAAGAGAUGAAUCUCAUAGUUUAUUAGAUAUAAUCCGUGUAAAGUUUGCUUAUCAUUUUCGCAUAAAUUAUGACCUAAAUUUGGAAACCGCUGAAUUUCUCGAAUUGGGUCUUUGCGAUUUUGGUGAAACUCUGUUCAGCGCAAGGCACUAAUGCGCACUAUGUGUAGCCGAGAGAUUUUCAAGAAAAAAUGCCGGCAACAGCAGAUUUUCGACUCAGACCUCAAAGGGGCGUGGCAUUAUAACCACGUGACAUUUACUCCGAUCGCCCAAAAUUUUAUGUUAUAUUGUAGAUUGAUCUAUAUGUUAUCCAUUCUACGUGUUAGACUUACGAUAAAAGUAAAGGUGGGGAUACCAGAGAGCUUCAAAGUAGGAUGGUACCCCCUCAAAAAAACUGGGUCGAGUCACCUUAAAUAUACAUUGUUUUGAAGAAAAUAGCGACAAAAACACCGUCGCAAGGAACACAGUUUGAUAUUGCUCUUGGAAAUCAUGCCUAAUUCGAACAUUAACUGUAGGUUUUUAGCCAAUGAGAACACUGAUAAUGAGUCUAAUGUAUAAUAAAUAAUUUCCUUUGCAGCUAGUAACAAGAACGCGGAUGGCAUCUUGGCAUUGUGUCAGAUAUGUGUGUAUGCAAACAGCGCCUCCAAUCCGCUCAUUUACAGCGCUGUAAACGAACAAUUUAGGGACGGUUUCAAGAAUUACUUCCGCUCCUGGAUAGACUGUGUUCUUAAGAUCAAAGGCAGUAGAAAAAAGGAUAACAUGAGGACAAAUAAACGGCGAACAAAAGCGAAGCCUGUUGGAGGAUGUUCGUUUUGUGGGCAAAGCGAUACUUCGUUGAACGGGACGCUUUUUAACAGUACCAACAACUCUUCACAAGCCAAUAAUAACAGUGAUCGGUCUGGAAUGUUACAAUGGGAGUCUUCCGUAACAACAGCGCAACAUUCUGAACAAUACGACGAAUUUUUAACAACUGUGUGACAGUAUGAUUCAUAAACAUGAAGGACCCCUGAGAAAGAGAUUUAAAACCUGGCCUUACAGGACAGUGUAAUAUAGUCGCAAGGGAUUCAACCAUUUACACUUUCAUACUAAAAACUAGCGGCAAAAAAAAUCAAGCUCUUUGUACAAUCUCAUUGGCAGUGUUCUCUUCUGUUCGUCCCCCCGGGGGCGGGAAUUGAUGGAAUAGUAGGAGAUAGCCCUGGGAGCAAGGUUGCGACAUUAAAAUGUUUCGUGUGUAUGUAUUGAACACUUUUUACCCUAUUUUGAUUUUACUGAAAGAUUGAUGGCAUUUAUUUUGAUAUUAUAUUACGUUUUGCUGUUAGCUUUCUUUUCCUCACACGGUUACAAUCCGGUAAAAGUCGCUGUGGAUCCAAUCACUAUGGUAAAAGUCACUGUAGUUAACAGUGAAAAAUAACUGAAGUUUUUUUACUUCCGCAGUUAAUAAAUCGCUUUUAUAUGAUAAAAUUGAUCAGGCAUGUGCAAAUACGGCCUCUGAUCAGGGGCACCCAACGAGAAUAUAGAAUAUAGUUCAAAACCACUUAAAUAUAGCAUUGUUAAACGUAUUUUAGUAUUUAAACGGUAGAUAUAGGCAUAUUUUUAUCCCCUAAAAAUUUUUCAUCUGUUCGGAUUUCCUAGCUGAAAGUCUAGUGAUCCGAAAACAAUAGGGAUCAAAACUUACUUUUUCGAAAAUUUCAGCCAGAAAAAAGGCUCCCGAAAAUUCUAGGUGACCUUUUUAAGGUAAAAAUCCGUUAAAAAUAGGCAAUUAUACCAUUUUUUACAUGUUCGAAAAUCCUAGGAGAGGCAGGCAAGCAAGAAAUUUUACAACAAAUGUUCCGAAAAUUCUAGAUCUCAAAUCGUCUUCCGAACAGAUAUUCUUCCGAAAAUUGUCGUUGGGUGCCCCUGUCUGAUCAAGUAGAAGUUGGGAGAAUCGCAUUUUUCAGAAGAUUCGUCACUCAAACUUUUCUCUAAUUAAUAUUUUCCCUGGCAUACAGUGGCUCGGUCUGCCUGUUCUAAGCGGGGGUAAACGCAUGCGCAAAAGAUGCCAAAAACUCUAGACCUACUUUCCACCCCCCAG